AUGAGGUCCUGGACCCACCAUCUGGAGGACCUGGUGCCACAGCCUGGUUGUCCCAACCCCAACACCUGGAGGAUGACCCACUGCUACCCCUCUGACCUGCACCAGAGACAUCAGUAUCACAGUUGGCCAUCCCAACUCACUUCACACUUAAGAAGUCACAGUGGAGAGAGACCUUAUAAAUGUAAAGAAUGUGGGAAAGCCUUCCGUCAUUCCUCACACCUUGGUAUGAAGGUCAGGGAGAAGAUGGUGCCCCCGGUGCAGGUCUCUCUGCUCAUCAAGCUCACCCGCUCCUCUGCGCUCAUCCUCGGCAUGGCCUACGGAGCCAAGCGCUUCAGUUACCUGAAGCCAGAGAAGUACCAUUUACCCCAGAAAUCCCACUAUUGGGCCCAGAAGUAG